AUGGAUCGAUUGCUGCCAGCUAGAGUUUCGGUUCAUUUGCAGCUGUAUUUACUGCUCCUUUCGUUGACAUUGGAUCCUUCAGCGGUCCUGGCCAUCCGCUCGCCCCAGUCGCUGGCACUCCUGCGGGCUCGAGAUCAGUGCGGCAGGCAGCUGACCCUCGCCCAGCGCCUCCACCUGGACAGGAUGCAGUUCGAGGACGCUCCGCACGUGCGCCACUACCUCCAUUGCUUCUGGUCGCGCCUGCGGCUCUGGCAGGAUGCCUCCGGCUUCCAGGCGCUGCGCAUCGUCCAGAGUUUCGGUGGCGAGAGACGCCUCAAUGUGGAGCAGGCGCUGCCGGCCAUCAAUGGGUGCAAUGCGAGGACGCGGUUUCGAUCGGGAUCGAGAUCGGUUUCGAGAUCAGGAUCAGGAUCCCAAUCAAGAUCCCAGGUCCCAGUGGUCGACUGGUGUUUCCGGGCCUUUGUCUGCGUGCUGGCCACGCCAGUGGGCGAUUGGUACAGGCGCCACAUGUCCGAUGUCAUCAAUGGAAAUGCCUAAAAAUCGAAUUUUAUAGUUUAAGAAUAAAAUAUAAAAAACUCAUAAAAAAAAAUAUAAGUGUCAAAGAAAUUUGUCUAAAGCUACAAAGAAUUAGGAUUGCCAACAGUAAGGUAAACAAAAAUUAUACAUAAAUAUAUAAAUAUUUGUAAUUAUUCAGUAAGUUAUAA